AAACCACAAGUUUCUCAAAACUCUCUGAAAAAUGGCUCCCUUCGAGUUAAGCAAUUCUGAAAGGCAUUCUCUGGGAAAAGUCUGUGGAGGAGAGAGGGAUCUUCUUGCAAAUCAUGCGGUCUCAGGCAAAGACUCAGCAUCUUGACUAUCUGCUCAAAAAUAAAAUACCUACACUCUCAAUGGAGAUUGAUUGUCAAGCUGCAAAAUCUCAAAUGGCAGAUUACCACCCUUUAAGAGCGCCAGGACACCGGAAAAGAUGGCCCCUUGAGCGCCUGGAGUUGGAGACCUUCCCUGGUGCUGGUUCCGAUUUAAACAUCUUUGGAGGUCUGCUCGGGGCGGCCAUUGGCGGCGGAGCGUCACGUGACCGCGGGGGCGUGCCAAUGUGCGCCCUCACGGGUGUCAAGCCCCUGUCAGAGUGUGCGAUCAAGAUCGUGAAACAACGCGAUGCAAAAAGCUACCUACUACGACAACUCGGCGAUCUACGGUGGCUACCCCUAUCAGGCAGCCAAUGGGUUCGCUUAUAACGCCAAUCAGCAGCCGUAUGCGGCGUCCGCCGGUCUGGGCGCAGAUGGCGAGUAUCACCGACCUGCUUGCUCUCUCCAGUCGCCGGCCAGCGUUGGGGGCCACCCCAAGGCCCACGAGCUGAGUGAAGCGUGUCUCCGCACCCUGAGCGUUCCUCCUAGCCAACCCCCAGGCCUGGGAGAUCCGCCCUUGCCCCCACCUCCACCCCAGGCUGCACCUCCAGCCCCACAGCCGCCCCAGCCCCCACCGCAGCCCCCUGCGCCCACCCCUGCAGCCCCACCUCCCCCUUCUUCUGUCUCCCCUAGUCAGAAUGCCAGCAGCAACCCCACCCCUGCCAGCGCUGCAAAGAGCCCCCUGCUCAACUCUCCUACCGUGGCCAAACAAAUCUUCCCCUGGAUGAAAGAAUCAAGGCAAAACACAAAGCAGAAAACCAGCGGCUCCAGCUCAGGCGAGAGCUGUGCUGGUGACAAGAGCCCGCCUGGGCAGGCUUCUUCUAAGCGCGCGCGCACGGCCUACACGAGCGCGCAGCUAGUGGAGCUGGAGAAGGAGUUCCACUUCAAUCGCUACCUGUGCCGGCCGCGCCGGGUGGAGAUGGCCAACCUACUGAACCUCACCGAACGCCAGAUCAAGAUCUGGUUCCAGAACCGGCGCAUGAAAUACAAGAAGGAUCAGAAGGGCAAGGGCAUGCUAACGUCAUCGGGGGGCCAGUCCCCAAGUCGCAGCCCCGUGCCGCCUGGCGCCGCCGGAGGCUACCUGAACUCUAUGCAUUCGCUGGUCAACAGCGUCCCUUACGAGCCCCAGUCGCCUCCGCCCUUCUCCAAGCCCCCACAAGGCGCCUACGGGCUCCCUCCUGCCUCCUACCCAGCGCCCCUGCCCAGCUGCGCGCCCCCACCGCCCCCACAGAAGCGCUACGCGGGGGCGGGCGCAGGGGGCAAUCCUGACUAUGACCCGCACGCUCACGGCCUGCAGGGCAAUGGCAGCUAUGGGACUCCGCACUUACAGGGAAGCCCCGUCUUCGUGGGGGGCAGCUAUGUGGAGCCCGUGAGCAACUCCGGGCCUGCACUCUUUGGCCUAACUCACAUCCCCCACGCCACUUCGGCCGCCAUGGACUAUGGGGGCACUGGGCCGCUGGGCAGCGGCCACCACCACGGGCCAGGGCCCGGGGAGCCACACCCUACCUACACGGACCUUACCGCCCACCAUCCUUCUCAGGGAAGAAUUCAGGAAGCGCCCAAGCUCACCCACCUGUGAUGGUGGGCUGAGGCUGCGUGCCGCGAGAGUCCCCCACCCCACCUUUCUCCUUUGGUUUUUGUUUUGUUUUAGGUUCUUCCCCCCCUCCCCUUUUUCUCUUGCCUCUGGUCCCCUUUCCUGUUUUGUUCGCUUUCUAAUGUGUUUUUAUAGUUUAUGUGACGUAGCAAUCUUGGUUGCUGUAAUGGCUGUCAGUAACAGUAGCGAUAUUUAUCUCAUCCCGCCCCUUGUUGGGCCUCUGGCCCGGAAUCCUUUGAGUUCUCCACUUCUUUGAUCAGAAACAGGGUAUAUGAACAAAUUUUCUAGUCGAGUUUCCAAUGUGAAUUUGUUCGUACGUUAUGGCUCCCGAGGGGAAGCGAUUACUUUUUUUUUUUAAUUUUUAGUUUUUGAAAUUGCACUUCUUGUAACGAGCGAGAAAAAAAAUCAAAGGCGCUUUGAAACAGGGGUUCCCUGUGCUAGGAUGACUAAGUGUACGUCUCUCCGUGUGUGUAUGCUGGUGAACAGUCAGAUUUAUUUAUAUUUUUUUUGCAAGCAUUGAAUAGUCUAAGUUUUAAAUAUUAUUUAUCCCCAUCCGUUCGUAUUUAUAUUAAAGAAAUUCUGUACCCUGCUUGUUCAGAAGGUUUCUUGGGCCUUUUGUUCAAUGGUGUAUUGGCGUACAUAUAAACAUUUAUUUGAAAGGGAAGUAUAAUUCCUUUAUGAAAACGGUAAUGAUGCAAUAAAACCAGAGAGGAUCCAGCAUUUGAAAACAGUGGUUUAGGUUUGUCACAUCCGGCAAAAAUGAAAAAGCAAUCUGUAAAUGCUAGAUUUGUUUUGAGAGUUUUACAUUCCUUGCUGCUCACAUUCUAAAAAAAAAAAAACAAACAAAAAAAUAAAAUUUUUAUUCUGAUUAA